AUGGCUGCUGCAUGGGUCCUGGUGCUGAUGACUGCAGGCCUGAGCUUGGCCAGAGCAGGCCCCGUCCCCACUUCCAGGCCCACCACAGCCUGGAGGGGCUGUGACAUUGGCAGGUUCAAAUCUCUGUCACCAAGGGAGCUGGAGGCCUUCAAGAAGGCCAAGGAUGCUUUGGAAAAUUCGCUGAAAAGCUGGAGUUGCACUGCCCGCCCCUUCCCUAGGAACCGGGACCUGAGACAGCUACGGGUGUGGGAGCGCCCCGUGGCCUUGGAGGCUGAGCUGGCCCUGACGCUGAAGGUCCUGGGGACCAUGGCUGACGCGACCCAGGGGGAUAUCCUGGACCAGCCCCUUCACACGCUGCGCCACAUCCACUCUGAGCUCCAGGCCUGUGUGGCAGCUCAGCCCACACCAGGCCCCCAGUCCCAAGGCCGCCUCCACCACUGGCUGCACCGGCUCCGCGAGGCCUCAAAGAAGGAGUCUCAAGGCUGCCUCGAGGCCUCCGUCCUGUUCAACCUCUUCCGCCUCCUCAAGAAGGACCUGGAAUGUGUCGCCAGUGGAGACCUGUGUGUCUGA